AUGGUCAGCCUCAAAUUCUACAAAAGCAUGGCUAGCAAACCCGCUUGCUUACCUUGCGGCGAAGUGGCUGAACCGUCCGAUAUUGCGAACGUUAUCGCCUUUCUGGCUGACCGCAAACAAUCAUCCUACAUUAUUGGCCAAACAAUCAUCGCUGAUGGCGGUACUUCACUUGUACUCGCUGCAAAUGCUGAUUUCGACUCGCUAAAAUAA